AUUCAUCCUCUAUCCUUCUCCCCACUGGCCUCAUUCCUCAAUAGAUAUCUCUUUUGUACUCAAACGCACAUUUGCUUUCACACUUGUGCAAGUUUUUCUCUAACUUUCACACUGGCGGGCACCAUUGCACCUAAAGGAGAGGAGGACUUUCUAACACUUGCUGCCUCCAGGCUCAGCCGUCGCAAGCGUGUCAUAGGAGCGGCCGUGGGUGUGGCCAUGGUUCUGAUUCUCCUGGUCACCAUCCCUUUACUGGUCCACAGCACUAAAGGAGGAGGAGCCAGCAAUGCGGGAAGUCAUUAUGAAAUGCUAGGAAGUUGUCGGAUGGUUUGUGACCCCUACACCACAUCUCACGGCCAGGAGCUAACGGCUGUUUCACCCGCACCUCCUGACUUCCCAAACCGGAAAGGGAAGUCUGGGUAUCGGGGACCUCCGGGAAUCCCAGGACCACCUGGACCACGAGGACCACCUGGUGAGCCUGGAAAGCCAGGUCCACAAGGGCCCCCGGGUCCUGGGCCUGGCGGUUACGUGCCGUCAUUCUACAGUCCUAAGAUUGCGUUUUACGCAGGACUGCGCAAGCAACAUGAAGGCACUGAUGUGCUCAAGUUUGAUGAUGUGGUGACAAAUGUUGGCAACUACUAUGAACCCAGCACUGGAAAAUUCACAUGCCCUCUACCUGGUAUCUACUUCUUCACAUACCAUGUCCUGAUGAGAGGAGGAGAUGGGACCAGUAUGUGGGCAGACCUCAAGAAGAACGGACAGGUGAGGGCCAGCGCUAUCGCCCAGGACGCUGAUCAGAAUUAUGACUACGCUUCCAACAGUGUGAUCCUGCAUUUAGACGUGGGAGAUGAGGUCUGUGUGCAGCUGGACGGAGGGAAAGUCCACGGAGGAAACACCAACAAAUACAGCACGUUCUCUGGCUUCCUCAUCUAUGCUGACUGACCUGCUCUACACACUCAGAUGUACUGUGUAUGAACACACACACUCAUACAGUAUCGUACACACACCGAACAGGCUUGAAAGAAACGGACGUGGUUUAUACGGAGCAUAAGGGCUUCUCAGACAGAACGGCAACCAAUUCCUUUCAUAAAACAAGAGGAUUUCUGUUUGUAUUUGUGUAAAUUAUAACUAUCUUACACAUUGUGUACACUACUCCCAAACUUAAAUUAAAAUGCAUAUAAAUAUAUGUCUAUAUCUAUCCUGGACGGUGGCACAUGUGUUUUCAUGUGUACUUGUAAGUGUAUUUGUCUCCAUUUUGUGUGUCAAUCAAAACCAGAGAUUCAGACUCACUAGUCAACAUGUUUUAUGGUGAACUGAGCUGCAUUUACACAUGGCUGGACUUGAAAGAAAAUCGGUGUGUAAAUAUACUUUUCACUCACUAGACGCAGCCGUCGCACGAUACGGGAUCGUAUAUAUGCAUGCGCACAUGUUGCAGGGCUAGUGAUUAAUCGAAGUCCUCUUGUUCAAUUCAUUUGACUUAAGGUGACUGCUUUCGUUGUCUUUGUGGAAUUGGAAGGAGUGUAAUUGCACACACAAUGGUAUACUACAACCAAACAGAUCGAUUUCCAAUCUGUCUAAAUAAUCUGGGCCAGACCGGAACAUUAAUAUAUUGAUUUAGGCUGAUGUGACUCUUCAGUAUUCACAGUUAAACCAGUAAUCACACAAAUAAAUGAAAUUAUUACUACUUUUUAAAAGUGAUUAUGUUGUUCCCUUGUGUAAGUAUAAUAAACAAUAUUACAAUGUAAAACUUUGAAAUCAAUAGGAAAAUAUUACACU